UGAGAGAGAGAUAGAGAAAGAGAGAGAGAGAGAGAGAGAAGAAAUGUGUUAUUUAAGGAAAUGCUUCUGAGGUAGGCAGAGACAGGUUGGUCGGUAUAGCGAGAGGGCACUGUGAUCAUCCAACCCCUUUAUGUGAAUCCUCCUCUAGGAGACGUAUCAUCUGACUCAGGAGCACUGAGUCUAUCUGGAGCCAAGGGUCCAUAGGCACUCAGAGUCAAAAUGGAGUCCUUCAGCUCUAAGGACAUGGCCAUGAAGGCCCAGAAGAAAAUCCUCAGCCACAUGGCCAGCAAAUCCAUGGUGCAGAUGUUAAUUGACGACACCAGCAGCGAAAUCCUGGACGAGCUCUACCGCAUCUCCAAGGAACACUCUGGAAACCGCACAGAGGCCCAAAAGGUGGUCAAGGACCUGGUAAAGGUGGUGGUAAAGGUGGGGGUUCUCUUUCGGCACAACCGCUUCAGUAAAGAGGAGCUCAGCCUGGCUCAGGACUUCAAGAAGAAGCUGCACCAGGGGGUCAUGACGACAAUCAGCUUCCAGGAGGUGGAGUUCACAUUUGAUAAGGCUGUCAUGAUGGAGCUUCUGACAGAUUGCAGGGACAUCUUGCUGAAGCUCGUGGAGAAACACCUGACACCCAAAUCCUUUGGACGCAUUCGACAUGUCUUCAACCACUACUCUGACCCAGACCUACUGACCAACCUCUACACCCCCGGCGGCCCACUCUGGCCUAAUCUCACCAAGAUCUGCAAUGGCCUGAACAAACUGGUUGAGGAAGGCAAGCUUUGAGUGGGAAUUACGAACAGCGCUGGAAAAAGGAGAAACUGUGGCAGGCCUAUUAAAGAAUUCUGAAUUCAGUUACCCGUGAAAAUAUAAUUUUGGUAGCUUAAUGGGGACAUUGACUCAGUGUGAGUUGAUGAUGUAGAUAUGGAUUUAUGUUGGGAUCUUUAUGAGGGCAUCAUCGCCCGUGCUUUACAACAUAAGCCAUCUGCAUUAGGGCUGGGCGAUAUAUUGUGUAUUCAUCAUUAUCACAAUAUGAAUGUGAUUGAUAUGCGUAGUCACAUUUCACCAUCAGGAUGUUACCUCUACCUCUGCCUAAAUGCAUUUCAGUCGAAUGCUGUUGGAGCUAAGUAAAGUCCAUUCAAACAUGACAUAUGAAAGAAAAAAAUGAUUUUUUUUUUUGCUAAAAUCACCUGUGAAAUCGUCCAAAUAUUUUUUGUUGACUUCUUUGUCAGGACUCCCUGCUUCCAGCACGAUAAGAAUGCAUCUGUGGUCUAAUUUCAAUUGAUUAUAGUCCUCCUGUUUUAAGACAUUAGCUCUUUUAUUAGCUAUUUUACGAGUGUGUUAAGAUUACAGGGUGGGAUUGGGGGGCUAGCAAUUUAAAUGUUUGUUUAUAACAUGUUGCGUACACAAGUGUGUAGUAUUUCAGCAGUAGCACUUAGUGGAUGUUAUGCAAUGGGAGAAGAAUGAGGCAACAAUUAACCAUGAACCAUAACACUUUCCACAGGAGAUACAGAACUGCACAGCAAGUGAACUCUAACGGGUGUUCCCUACCCCUUUGCAAGUUAUCUGUUUUCUAGAACUGUCUUAGAUUUCGAAAGGGAAUAUCUGCAAUUACAGGACUUACGGGCCAAAAUAUAGUGUGUAUCUAUCAGGCUUGAAGGCUUAUUGUGAGUUCUGUUUUGUUAAACUUCAGACUACAAAAUGUUUGGUAAAGAAUGAAACAGGAACUGUCAAAAAGACAGCACCCCGGAAAAAGGCCUCAGGAAAUGAGGCAAGCAUGCAUCACCUGCCUGCAUUGUGAGACUAGAUAUGCAAACAUUGAUUAACGUGUCAUUCCAGUUUCAGUAGAUGCCAUUAAUGCAACAGGUUAUCCUAUUCUUAGCCAAAACUGUGAAAAAUGUCCGGUUCAUGAAGCCAUGCUGUCCUCUAGUGGGCUAUAGUGAAUAUUGCACCUGGAGUUGGAUUACUUACUGGCACUUGUAAUUUACCAUAAUUCAAGAUGCUUCUUUCAAUUCUGAUGAAUAUACAAUCAGUACUAUCACAUAGGCAACUGUAUUAAUAUUAUUGAAAGCUACUUACAGGCACUUGUAAUUUACCAUAAUUCAAGAUGCUUCUUUCAAUUCUGAUGAAUAUACAAUCAGUACUAUCACAUAGGCAACUGUAUUAAUAUUAUUGAAAGCUACAAUAAAAGCCUUAAAAUAA